AUGGACAUCGAGAACAAGCUCGAUCGCGAUGCGCCCGACCUGGGCGGCAAGAAGCCCUCAAGCGGCCCCCUUACCCGACGACUAAAGGCCGAACUCAGCACCAAUCACAUGGACAUUCCUAUCUUGGCCUGUUGUCUCUGCUCCGGCUUGACUGACAGCACACUUUACAACGCGUACAGCACCUUCGUAUCCAUGCAAACCGGAAACACCAUCUUCGUUGCCCUCGGCGCGUCGCACCAAAACACCAAACCGUACGGCUGGGCCCGUUCGCUGUGUUCCAUCGGCUUCUUCGUGCUGGGGUCGUUCUUCUUUAGCCGGCUGGGGGCGCUACUAGGACCGAAGCGGCGCGGCACGCUGAUAGCCUCGUUCUUGCUGCAAUCCUGCCUCGUCAUCGUCGCCGCCGCCAUCGUGCAGGGCGGCGCCAUCGACGGCACCGUCCCGCAGUCCAAGUCGGCCGCCACCGAGGUGCACUGGAACGAGCUGGCGCCCAUCGCCCUCCUCAGCUUCCAGUCGGCCGCCCAGAUCGUCUGCAGCCGCACCCUCGGCCUCAGCGAGGUCCCCACCGUCGUCGUCACCAGCUUGCUGUGCGACUUGAUGAGCGACACGCAGAUCUUGGCGUCGCUGACGGGGAAUGUCAAGAGAAAUCGCAGGGCUUCCGCUUUUAUCUUGAUCCUGGUGGGCGCUAUCGCUGGUGGAUGGAUUUCAAAGGCUACGAGAGGGGUGCAGUAUGCGUUGUGGGUUGUCGCUGGCGUCAAGCUUGGCAUUACUCUUGGCUGGGUGUUGUGGAAAGAGAAGGUUUGA